AUGCAACCAUUACCAGUCUAUUUACCUCGUUCAGAUUCUUCAUCUAUUUCUACACAUUCAGAUGAAGUUGCAUCACAUGUAUUUAAAUCAGAUAUUUUCUUACGUAUUGCAAUGACUAUUCUACCAAUAACUGCUGUACUUACUUAUCAAAUAGAUGCUAUAUGGCAAUUACAAGUACAUAAUACAUAUGCUGGUUUAUCAAGUACUAUUCUUCAUAUAUUCUAUUUCCUUCAAUUUUAUACACAUCUUGAAUGUCAUUCAAAAACAAUUACACAUAUUUAUACGUAUCUCUAUCAUAUAAUUAUAUGGAUAUUUAAAACUGGAGGUAAUAUUGUUUAUUUUAUUUAUCAUCAUUAUGAAAAAAAUAUUUUUCAUCAAUGUAUAUUUGCAUUACGAACAAUACAAGAUACAAUAUUUAUUAGUUCGAUAUGUAUUUAUAAAAUUCGUUCAUAUAGUCCACUUAUAUGUAUUCAACAUAAAGCUUUAUUCAAUGUUAUAUCACGUCUUGAAGUUAUUUUAGCUAUACUUGUACCUAUAUUUGCUCAAGAAGAUCUUAUUAAAAGAACAGUAGCUAAUAUAAGUUUAUUUAUUUUAUACGAUUUUAUUUCGGUUUAUUAUCAUUUAUUUACACUUCGAUUAAAAUGGGCACUUUGGCUUUUUGUUGUUUUUAUUACAAUAAGUGUUGUUAAUGAAUGGUUAUAUUUUGUUAAUCAUCAAUGCCGUUUAUGUGAUCAAAUUAGUACUGGAUUUGAAUUUCUUGCUGAAUGUGCUUGUUGUUUAGUUAUACUUUGGCAAUUUAAACCAUUAAUAACAAUAUUACCAACUGUUUAA